GAGGAACAAGGAGAAGCUGCCUCUCCAAUAGGUGAAAUACAGCCAUUGAGAUGUUUGCUUCUGUGUGAAGCAGCAGCUUCUGACUUCCAUCAAGUGUGGAGCUUAGUUGGAGACAGGAGCUGGGAUCCCCUGCCUCUCUCCAAUGCCAUGACUUGUGGACCUGCUCACUUCUGGUUCCUGAAUGCCAUCUUUGGGAUACAGUCCUUAUGUUCCUGAUCUCUGUUGUACCACACUGGCCAUUCUAUAACCUGGACACAAUGUUUGUGCGAGGAUUAAAGAGAAAACGUUUUGAUGGCGAAGAAGAUAUUGAGGGAACUCUGGCUGGUAUUAAGGCUAUUCCUUCAUAUAAUCUUCAGCGACAGUCACUUUUAGAUAUGUCCUUGGUUAAACUUCAGCUGUGUCACAUGCUGGUUGAACCUAACCUUUGUCGUUCGGUACUUAUAGCCAACACAGUACGUCAGAUCCAAGAGGAAAUGACUCAAGAUGGAACUUGGCAGAUGAUAAAUACACAGAGUACAGGGCAGGCAUCCCUGGAUCGUCUUGUCUCAACAGAUAUUCUCUGUCGUUCAUCCAGGGAACAAGCUGAGGGAAAGCAUGUUCCAGGCUAUAGUACUUUCAAUAAAGACUUUGAGGGUGAUCAAACACAAGAUAGUUCAGAAACUAUGUCAACAGCUUCUUCAGUGCAAGCUCCAAGAAACCUGCAAAGCAAUGUGUGGGAAAUGGAGAAUUCACAAGAAAAUAAAGGAAACUUUCAAAAAUCAUUAGAUCAAAUAUUCGAGACACUGGAGAAUAAAAGCCCUAAUUCUGUUGAAGAUCUGUUUUCAGAAGUUGACAAUUCUUACUAUGAUCUUGAUACUAUGUUAACAGGCAUGAUGAGCAACACAAAAAUGGGACACUGUGAUGGGCUUGAAACAUUUACCUCUCCAGCAACUACAACUUCUAACUCUAAUUGUAAAUCUGACCUUAAUGAGCUUGAUCAUAUUGUGGAAAUCCUUGUUGAAUCCUGAAAUGCCUUGUGUAGGAGACAAAGAUCUGAUAAUGGGAAAAAAAGACUCAAGAAAGCUAUUUCCAAUUUGUUUUAUCAAAUCUGCGCGUGUAUUUUACAAAUAUCUAUAUAUUAUAUAGAUAUAUAUAUUUAAAAAGCACUUCAUAUUGCAAAAUGAUGUUAACUCUUAAAGUUAACCUGCAACUUGUAGUGUAAUAAUCCAGUUUAUUGUCCAUUGAACUAUAAGUACACACAGUAAAUGUCUUCAAGUUUAGGGUCCAAGGCUCUUGAAAUUGGGUUCUUUUUACCAAUUUCAUUUAGCCUUUGAUGGAGGAUAUGUUCAGUGAGAGGGAGUUUUUCACCUUUUUCUUAUACUUCUCCCAGUAUAAAUGGUAAUAAACAUAGAGAGAAGUUGGAUGGUUUCCUAUUUCACUCCGGUUUCUGCUUUAUUACAGCAUGUAACUCCUACCAUAUCUGCUGCUUCUGUUCUAAGUUGCUAUGUGGCUCUUAAAGAGCAGUAUGCAAUAGUUCCUGUUAUCCUAGCUAGCUUAUUCUGUUUUUUGCUACAUUUUUUACUUCAAAAAUAGUUCUAAAGUGUUUAUUGCUGUUUAGAUUUUUCCAGGUAUUUUCCUAAAAUAUAUUUUUACUACAGAUGUUCUGUCAGCUGCUAACUUAGUAACUUUUGAUCAGAUCUGCAGUUGAUGUAUUUUUUGGAAGUUUUUCAAAAAGGGAUGUUUCUUUUACUGUGAGCUACCAAAUGUAGUUCAGUAAAGUGUAUGUAAAUGUAAAUAUACAAUUUUAUACUUUACAUUAAAAUGUAAGAGCUGUUUUCAUGAUUCUUUUUUUUUAGAGUAGUACUUUACUAAAUUGAGAAUUGUACAAUUAUGCUUUUCAUGCCCCGUGUACUUGAGUAUCAUUAGAGGAAGAGCUUUGAUCCAGCUAGACACAAUUACAUUUAAUUCAUUUCAGACCAUUUUUUUUGUUAACUACAAACCUAAAUUACGUAGGUUUUUAUUUAUGUGUAUUUAUAUGUAAAUGUCAUCAAGUGAAUUGUUUAUCACAGAAGUCUACCAUCAAAUAUUUGUUUAUAUGGGAUAACUGUCUUGCACUAAUUACUACAAAAAGUGUUAUUAGCAGCCUUUAAAUCUCAACUGGUUUGUCACAAUGUCAUGUCAUAAUUAAUAUGCUCCACUUUUCCCAAGGGUUUCCUCUUGGUUUUUUU